AUGGAAUCUCCAAAAUCCGACGGAGCUCAAGAGCAGUCCGAGCACUUUACACCCGAGGCAGUGGAACGCUUUCCAAUCGAGGUAGCAGAAGCCUUUGAGCCCGAGGACGAGGUUAUCCGCCGACUCCACCGUACCGGCUCUCCCCCAGGUAGUCUGCUUUGUUCAUUCCCAGACCCUGCACCGGCGACGACUCUGAACCAGUUCCGUUUCCAGUUGUACCGAGAGAACGGGGUCUGGCCCGGUCUGACCGGUUAUCUAGAGAAGUAUGUUAACGCUUCACACUUGGUCUGGAGCAUGUGUGCCAUGCUUGCAGAUAGCAAUAUUGAUCCAGAUUACAAAGAUACUUUCGAGUUAUGGCGUGCACAGUGGAGACAGUUUAAUAAGAGCUUUGAGAUUCACGGAAAUACCACGCGCACUAUGGAUGUUCCCCCGUCGCCAGUGACUGUGAUGUGGAUUCAGAAGCCUAACAGCCUUUCGUAUGUUCAACUCCGUCUUAAUGAGUACAAAGAGAAGGAGCGUGAUCGUGAGGCACUGGAGGCUCUCUGGAAGUGGAUGCUUGAUGUUCCAGCUGAAGCUAUCGUGGAAGGAACCUUUAUCAUUAAGCUUGGGUAUGAGUCUUGGUUCCCGAAGGAGUAG